UUGAUAACUAUGCUGAAAUUAGGUAUGAAUUUAGGUAUAAAUACAGAUUCGAUUCGUCUAGUCUAUAUGUAUAGAACGUCUCAUUAUUGAUCUUCUUAACUUGUGAAAACGUUUGACUUUUUUAAAAUAACGUUGUUGUUGUUGUUUUCUUUUAAUCAAUAUUUUUAAAUAUUUUGAAAGUUGAAUACAUAUAUUAAUAUGUUGUCGAAUAAACUUAUCUUAUUAUUAGUUGUAAUAAGCGUGUCAUGCCAAAGUUCCAGACGUGGAAAAAGUCAUCAAGUGCUUGAAUUUGAGAUUGGAGAAAAACUGCUUGACCCAAAACACGAUUUCGUAUUUAAAAAGGUAUUCUCAGACCAGGAUAUAUUAUUAGCUUUUAUCAACUCGGCCCUGAAUGAAAACUUCAAGGAAAUUGUUUCGAUAGAUACUGAAGAUGAAUGUCCCUCAGAUACCAAAACAGAAAAAAUUAUUUUUUUCGAUAUCGUCUGUAAAAACGAUGAAAUGACCGCAGUAAUCGAAAUGCAAUAUAAAAGCGAAAUAUUUUUUGUGCAGCGUUCGCUGUUUUACAUUUGCAGGCGGCUUUCUUCUAGCUUACACACCAAAGGAGCGUAUCGUGAUUUAAAACCUAUGUAUUUCAUUGGAAUAAGUGACUUCACUUUAUUUCCGCAUAAAACAGAAUAUAUUUCAACUCAUAAGAUAUUGGAUGUAAAAACUUAUUCGAAUGACGUUCCAUAUUUGACGCUUGUGUUUAUCGAACUGGCAAAAUUGGAUAAGUUAAAUCCAAACGCGUCCGCGCUUGAAUCCGUCGUGGAAAAAUUAUCGUAUUUUUUGUGGUUCAACUCGCAGAAAGAUGAUUACAAAGCAGGCUUAAAAUUUUUAAUGAAUAAUGAUGAUCUCGUUCGAAAGGCUGUGGAUGCAGCAACUGUGUCACUCUGGAGUCCGGUCGAAAAGGAGAUAUACGAGCAAUCUGACAAAAUUGUAUGCAAACACGAAGACGAGAUUGAAGCGGCAUUAAAUGAAGGAAAAAAUGAAGGAAAAGCUGAAGGAAAAGCUGAAGGAAAAGCUGAAGAAAAAGCUGAAAUAAUUAAAAGAAUGUUGGAUAGUAAUGUGGACUUCGAAAUCAUAAAAACAGCCACCGGGCUAGGAAAAAACGAAAUUAAACAACUUUUCGAAACCUUAGGAAUAGCAAUACCAAGUACGAGUAUUUUGAAUACGUAAUUAAGCAACCAUGACUCUGUUCAUUUGUCGCAAUUUUACUAAUAUUAAAAUAAAUUGAGCUGUAAAAUGCAAAUUUUUUCGAGCUUUAUGUCCGCUAUAAUAGUUUUUCUAUUAAUACCGAGCUUUCACGGAAUACUUCGUGUUAUUUUCUUGUUGACCUGUACGAGAAAUUAUUACCCAAGUGUAGCAUUUUUCAUGAACACUUGAAAUUAUCUUUUUCGUCGAAUUUUUAUAAUUUAUUUGUUUUUUUCUUGGAAAUAGAAAUUUUGAUUGAAUAACUUUUUAAAACUUAUAAAAAAAUUGACUUUUUGAUAUUUUAUGAAAAAAUUGCAAAACUUAUAAAAAUUUUUAAAAUAAAUUUUCAACUUUUUUUAAAAAUUAAUUAAUUUUCUAAUAAUGACUUAUUAUUUUAUUAAAUACCUACUGUAUUUAUUCAUUUUUAUAAUUUUUUAUAUUUAUUUUUAUUUUAUUCUUUACCUAUUGUACGAGUGUAUUUCUUAUUUUUUAAUAUAUUUUUCAUUUUGUUAUA